AUGGAACCAUCGGCUUGGCUGAAUGCCUAUUAUUAUCGUCAAUGGCUCACAUUUAAUGAAUUUCUGGAAUGGCAGCAAUCUUGCACAUGUCCUGUUGGAACUAAAACCUAUUCAUGCAAGCAUUCGGUUGGUUUGGGCAUUUUAUUUAAUCUGUAUGAAGUAAGCGAGAAAACACGUAUUCAACCAUUGGGAAAGCGAAAGACAAGAGGACGCCCAAAGAAAGUUAACAGAGCUUUAAAUAAUAAAUAGAUUAUCGAUUAGAAACCAGAAAAUUUCUUUGUCUUAUUUUAUGUAUUCAUAUUUCUUAUCUUGUUUACAUUCUAUGUUCUAUAGAAAUUAUGUAAAAUAAAUUUCUCAGAAAUUUGGUGAUCAAAAGUAUCUCUUUUUUUUGGUGAUCAAAAGUAUCUUAGAGAAUUUGGUGAUCAAAAGUAUCUUCUUUUGGUGAUCAAAAGUACAUUUUCCCGAAAAUAUUCAUCCAGCGAGUACGACUUGCCAGCAUGAGCACUCAGAUUACUCGUUUGAGUACUCAAGACAUUUCUUCUGUAACUAUACUUUUUGAGUAGUCCAACAAGUACUCAUACAAGUACUUUCUAUAAGAUUUACUUACAGACGAAAACAUUAGUACUCAAUGCAGUACUCAUCCUCGCUU